AUGAAUUUGUUCCGCAACCAAUUCUCGAUCAUUAUUUUCCUUCUACUAUUUGCUGGGUACCAAACAUAUGCACAAGAUAGCGAAAAGCCUUUCGCUCUCGAUUAUCUACUGCCAAAAACAGUCAUUCCUACACUGUACGAUAUCAUACUUAGGCCAACGUUAACAGAUACCUUCGAUUUCGAAGGGGUGGUACACAUUGACGCUUAUGUAAAAGAACCAACCGAUACCAUAAAGCUCCACCAUGGAAAACUUGAUAUAAUUACGCAGUCUGUCAUAUUAAACAAUGUGAGCUUAAGUAUCGUUAACACCAUGUAUAAUGAGAAAACUGAAAUAUACGAAAUUAGGCUUCGCGACGUUCUCGCUUCGGGAACACCUAUUUUGAUCAAUUUCUAUUAUUCCGGAAAACUUACGGACGAUAUGGUAGGAUUCUACAAGAGUUCUUAUUUUGACUCCGAGGGAAAACUUAGGUGGCUCAUUUCUACACAAUUCCAAGCAACGUAUGCUAGGAAUGCUUUUCCUUGCUUUGACGAGCCCAGUUUCAAAGCGAAAUUCAUUGUCAGAAUUUUGAGGCCGCCAGAAUAUACUUGCCUGAGUAACAUGCCACUAAAUAGAAGCAUCGCAAUUUCCAGCCAGAAAGUCUGGGACGAAUUCGAUCAGAGCAUCCCCAUGUCUACCUACUUGGUAGCUUUCGUCGUGUCUAACUUCAAGUCCGUGAAUGCAAACAACUUCAAUGUUUGGGCAAGACCAGACGUCGUGGACCAAGCGAAUUACGCCUUGUCCAUUGGCAUACGUGGUCUGGCUCAUCUAUCCAAUCGAUUCAAUCAGAGUUACCAACUUCCCAAGAUAGACAUGAUAGCUGUACCAGAUUUUGCAGCAGGAGCAAUGGAGAAUUGGGGUCUGAUCACCUAUCGCGAAUCUAGGCUCUUAUACGACGAGAAAUCGACAUCUGACGUCGCUAAACAAACUAUUGCCUCGGUCAUCCUACACGAAUUAACCCAUAUGUGGUUUGGAAAUGCGGUAUCGCCGGAAUGGUGGGGCUACCUGUGGCUGAGCGAAGCUUUCGCGAAUUAUUUCCAAUAUUUUGGCACUGCACAGAUCGAGCAAACAUGGAACAUGGAAGAACAAUUUGUCGUGGAGCAACACCUAACAGCAUAUGCAGUUGAUGGUAUCGAGACUUCUCAACCGAUGACUCGAAACGCUAACACUAAAUCGGAAGUUGAAGAAGUUGGAGACAAGAUUACUUAUAACAAAGGAGGGAGUAUCGUACGAAUGAUGAAUCUCAUUUUUGGAUCCGAAACUUUUGAUGCUACGCUACAAAAUUACCUGAACAACAAUAAAGGGAAAGUGGCGCGUCCGGAAUAUCUCUGGACGGAGCUUCAAAAUGAAAUCAAUUAUUGCGACCCAACUUUUGACUUGUCUAUACAUGAAAUUAUGACCACGUGGACAGAGCAAGCUGGAUUCCCUGUAGUAAGCGUUGUCAUCUCGAAUGGUGUUGCUUAUCUGCAGCAAUAUCGCUUCCUGCAAUGGUUUAUACCAAUCACAAUAGCAACGGAAGAGGAACCAAAUUUCAAUACAUUGGAUGUAAUUUCCUGGUUAAAAGACGAAACUGCCUGGAUCAGGAUUCCAAACUCCGCAGGGUGGGUGAUAUUUAAUGUCCAGUCCUCUGGUUUUUAUCGAGUAAAUUACGAUAAUGCUUCUUGGUACCGUAUCAUCGACACGUUAAACAACGGCAACUAUCAGAAGAUACACGUUCUCAAUAGAGCCGCUAUAGUCGACGACUUGUUGAACUUAGCAAGAGCCGGCCAAGUCCCUUACCAAACUACUUUGGAUGGUUUGCGAUAUCUUAAACGAGAAUGGAAUUAUUUGCCAUACAAAGCAGCGAUCUCUAACCUCGUGUAUCUCGACGAGCGAUUAUCUGGACAAGCCGACUAUUAUGAACAAUUCAAGAAAUUUGUUCUCAACCUCAUUCAUGAUACAUAUGAAAGUGUCGGAUACGUAGAUCGUCCGAGUGACGACAGAUUAAAAGUAUUACUGAGGGGUGAAUUGAACAAGUUGGCUUGCAACUAUGAUCACGAGGGCUGCGUGGAAACCUUCAUUGGAAUGUUCAAACAAUGGAGAUACCGUAACAUAUCAAUUGAACCGAACCAGCGACCUGUCGCAUAUUGCAUGGGCGUAAAACAUGGAACCAAAGAUGACUGGGAAUUCUUAUGGAAUCAAUAUUAUUACUCAAAUUCCCCGACGGACCAAGAAGUCAUGCUACGAGCUCUCGGUUGUACCCAGAACACUGAUCUUUUGGAAAAAUACCUCCUAUAUGCAAUCAAAGGAUUCCAAGAAAGCAGAAUUCGAUCGCAAGACACUUCCUUCGUGUACUCUGCGGUCUCUAGGUCCAGUUCCAGUGGCGCAGAGAUCGUCCUAAAUUUCGUCGACAAGUAUUACGCUCAGAUGAUAGAAUUUUUCAACGGAACAGAAGAAAUUUCCAGCAUCCUCUCGACUGCUUCGCAGCGUUUCUCCACGCAACAAUUGGUGAACAAGUACGAGAAUUUGAUCGAGGAACGCAAAACGGAAUUUGAGAAAAUCCUGGAACCUCUGAAGAAAUCCCUGGAUGUCGCGAAAUACGAAUUGCAGUGGUUGAGAAAUUACGGGAAAUCGGUCACCACGUGGGUAAUUGGGUUUAACGAGGCAAACAACAAGGAGGGUGCUAAGGAUACCACGGAUUACCGUCUGCCCACAAGCAUAAUCCCUGAAACGUAUGCCAUUUGGAUAGGCACCAACUUGACCGAAGAGGACAAUUUUACGUUUACAGGAACAGUUAAUAUUAACGCGAAAAUCGCGAAGAAUACGAGGAAUAUCACUUUGCACUCGUCUGGUCUUACCCACAAAUAUAUUAAUGUACUGACAGAAAAUAAUAACGUAACAAGGAUAUACUCCAAAGACAAAUAUGACUUCCUGAUCAUUGAGUUUGAACAAGAUUUACAAAUGGGGCAAAAUAUAAUCAUUAAUAUAGAGUACACGGGGUAUCUAAAUGAUGAGUUGGAUGGAUUGUAUAGGAGUUCGUACAUAGACGAUCUGGGCCGAAGGAGAUGGUUAGCUGCCACGCAGAUGCAACCAGUUUCAGCUCGUAAGAUGUUUCCAUGCUUCGACGAACCAGCAAUGAAGGCAAAAUUCGUUAUGCACGUUGUAGUACCACAGAACUUUUCCGCCAUCAGUAAUAUGAGACUCGAUCAAAUAUAUAUGCAACAAAACGAAAUGAAGGUAUUGGUCUUCGAAGAGACGCCUAGAAUGUCUACAUACUUAGUGGCUCUAAUAAUUUCCGAUUUUGCGUCACUGAAGUCUGACGAAGGUUCUUAUGCAGUAUGGACUAGACGAAAUGCUAUCAGUAGUGGACAAUACGCUUUGUCCGUCAUGGACGGCCUCAUGAAAUUCUACGAGAACGCAUUGAAUAUCGAGUAUCCACUACCAAAACUGGACAUGGCUGCAUUGCCAGACUUUAAGUCAGGUGCAAUGGAAAAUUGGGGUUUAUUGACUUACAAGGAAAGGAACUUGCUAUAUGACAGUAAUUUAUCGACUUCCGGUUCGAAACAAAGUAUAAUGCAAGUGAUAUCGCAUGAAAUCGCUCAUCAAUGGUUUGGCAACCUUGUCAGUCCGCUUUGGUGGAAGUACACAUGGUUGAACGAAGGCUUCGCAAGAUUCUUUGAGUACUUUGGAUCUUCAAAAGUGGUACCUGAUACGUGGUCCUUGGAGUCCCAGUUCAUCACGGAACAGCUUUACUCAGCUUUCGCAGAUGACAGUUUGAAGUCCACUCACGCUAUGACCCAUGAUGUUUACAAUCCAACGGAAAUUAACGGAAUAUUCGAUAGAAUAUCCUACGCUAAAUCUGCUAGCGUGAUAAGAAUGAUGUAUAAGUCGUUUGGUGACAACAUAUUUUAUGGAGCUCUCAGAAGCUAUCUAAACAAACGGAAGUACGACACAGCUACACCGGAAGAUCUCUUUGAUGCAUUCAAAGAAAUGAUCGAGGACGAGAAAGUUAAAGUCACGAUUUUCGAUAUCAUGACCAGUUGGACUACCCAACCUGGUUAUCCUGUCGUUACUACCGUAAGGCGAAACAAUCGUUUGGAACUCCAACAAGAAAGGUUCUUCUUGCAUGCUGAAGACAGAUCGACUGACGAAAAGAGUCUUUGGCAUAUACCGAUCACUUACACGAGGCUUAGCAAUCCAAAUUUCAAUCAGACGAAACCGAUUUAUUGGUUCAAGGGUGUCCAAGAAAGCAUUAUACUACCUUUCGACGAUUGGUACUUAUUGAAUGUACAACAAUCUGGGUACUACCGUGUAAACUACGACAACGAAACUUGGCAGAAGAUAAUCAGCCAACUGAAUACGAACUUCGAGAGUAUACACGAGAUCAAUCGUGCUGCAAUCAUCGACGAUUUGUUAAACCUUGCUAGAGCAGGACUCGUUAGCUACGAUAUCGUUAUAUCCGCGACACAGUACCUGAAAAACGAAAAUAGUUACAUUCCAUGGCAUGCGUUCUUCAAAGGAUUGCCUUAUUUAUACAAACAAUUCGAAGGAAAGCCUGCUUUCAAUGCACUUUCAAGAUACCUAUCAUCGCUUCUAUUAUCGACAUAUGAAAGGCUAGGAUACAUGGACAAGCAGAACGACACUCAUGUUACAAAGUUGUUUAGAUCAGAUAUUCGCUAUUGGUCUUGCAAAUUGGACCUGUCAGGCUGCAAACUUGAGGCUGAACUACAAUUCAUGAAUUCGUCUAGUAAUCCUGAACAAUUCCAACCGAAUAGUCGAUUUGUAUCAUACUGCGCGGCUGCCAAAAUGGAAGAUGAUCGAAUGUGGAAUCGUUUGAAUAAUAUGUAUUCGAACUCGACAUUUGCCGCAGAAAAAUCGAUAAUUCUUCAAGGUCUCGCCUGUGCUACUAAAGACGCACGCCUCAACGAGCUUCUUCACAACGCGACUUCGAAAGACUCUGAGAUUCGAUUCGAUGACAGCAGGAACGUUUUCAGUUACGUUAUCAAUACAAGCCCAGAGGGUGUCAAAUAUGUGAUAAAAUUCAUCAAUGAGAAUUAUGAAAAAAUCUAUGGGAGACAUUCUGAUAUCGAAGGUAUCUUGAAGAUGAUCAGCACGAAUGUGUUCACCGAUGAAACUUAUGAGAUGUAUGACCAACUGUUGAAAGCCAUAGAGGAGAGAAGUGGGAAGAAAUACACUAACAUGAAUAAUUAUACCGAUAGCGCCAAACAGGAAUUAAAAUGGGGCAACGAGAACAUUCCAAACAUACAUUACAUUCUCACGCAGAUCUAUCCCGAAGAAAACUAUCGUUUACCAACAACAGUGAUGCCGUUAAGUUACAACAUUAGUUUGUCCACAUAUUUCAACGAAAGGAAUUUUAUGUUUACCGGAAACGUACAGAUAGAAAUGAAAUCUAGAGUGGGCUACGUAAACUCUAUAGUCCUGAACUCUCACAACCUCAAAAUAAAGGCCGUGUCAGUGUACCAAAAGAAUUCGGUCACGAACCAGACAACGGAAUUAUCAAUUAAGGAUAUCAUUAUGCAAAAAGAGAGCCAGACACUCGUAAUAUUCAUGAACGCAUUUUUAAAUCCCGACAUCAUACUUGACAUAGACUUCGAAGGCAUUCUAAACGACGAUAUGAAAGGUUUCUACCGAAGUUAUUAUAUUAAUAGUGAAGGAAAUAUUCGUUGGUUGGCUACGACACAGUUUGAACCAAUUUAUGCCAGACGAGCAUUCCCUUGCUUUGACGACCCAUUGUUUAAAGCAAAAUUCGUGAUAAACAUCGAAAGACCUAAGGAUUAUCUUGUAAUCAGCAAUAUGCGUCGUGCAUUGCUGACUCCAUUAGACGAGGAAAAUCGCGUCGUGGAAUCAUUUGAAGAAACGGUCGAAAUGUCGACCUACCUGGUUGCAUUCGUAGUCAGCGACUUCAGCUCCGUGAGAGAAUUAUACGAUUUUGUGAACGUAUGGGGUAGACCAAACAUUGCUGCAAAGGGCGAUUUUGCGCAAAUCGCAGCCACACGCAUCCUCGAGUAUCUCCAAUUUAAAACACAACAAAACUACACUCUGCCAAAACUGGAUUUAAUCGGAAUUCCAGAUUUCUCGAUGGGAGCUAUGGAAAAUUGGGGUCUUGUAACGUUCAAAGAAUAUGGACUUUUUUACGACAAAGAAGAAACAAGUGCUAAAGUCACGGAUUAUAUUAUUACUACAAUUGCACACGAGCUUGCUCAUAUGAUGUAUGGAAAUUUGGUAACUUGUGCUUGGUGGGAAUACAUAUGGCUGAAUGAAGGUUUCGCCGAAUAUAUGCAGUGGUCCCUUUCUCAUAUGUUCCGACCUGACUACGGUUACAACGAAUUAUUCGUGAUUGACGAACUGCAGCCAGCGAUGCUAAGCGAUAGUUCACCGACAACACACGCCAUGAAUAGACCAGUUACGACUCCUGAGCAAAUCGAUGAUAUCUUUGACUAUGUUACUUAUGGAAAGUCAUCCAGUGUAAUAAGGAUGAUAAGUAUGUCAUUAAAGCCAGAGACAUUCACGAGAGCCACGAUUGAAUACUUGACAGCGCAUCAAUUCAACAAUACGACUCCGGAGGAUCUUUGGAGAGCUUUCGAUAAAGCGAUCAACGAGACAAAUGAUCUACAAAACUGGUCGAAUAAAUCUUUCAGUUACUUAAUGAGUGGUUGGACCAAUGAAACGGGAUACCCGAUUGUUUCUGCAUCGUUGAAAGAUGGUAGUUUAUUGCUAACUCAGAAAGAUUUUUUCACCAAUAAAGACAGCGACACAUUCUGGAUACCUAUUACGUACACGACAAGCUCAAAAAUGGACUUCCAAAAUACUAGUACCAAUAUUUGGUUAGGAGGAUACCCAAUAAAAUUAGAACUCAAGAAACCAGAAGAAUGGUUCAUCGUGAACAUUCAGCAAAGCGGAUACUAUCGGGUGAACUACGACGAUAAUUCCUGGAAACGUCUGAUCCUCGCACUCGAGACUAAUCACACUGUAAUACACGCGACAAAUCGUGCUCAGGUCAUCGAUGAUCUCCUGAAUUUGGCUCGAAUCGGCUAUGUUGACUAUGAGAUCGCAUUGAAUGGAACAAGGUAUCUGUGUAAUGAGAAGAAUUACCUACCAUGGAAAGCGUUCUUCAAUGGAAUAAAUUUCAUCGAACAACGUUGCCAAGGACGAGAAGAAAGAAACUUAAUUCAGGAAUAUGUUCAUCUGCUGGCUUCCAAAAUCUACGACAGUGUCGGCUUCGUAGACUCUAUCCAAGAUAGUCACUUUGUUCAAUUGAACAGGGAUCUGAUCCUGAGCUGGAUGUGUAGGCUUAAUUAUACGUAUUGCGUGGAUGCUUCCAAUAAAAUGCUCUCUACUUGGCGUAACAAUAGCACAAGCAAGAUUUCACCAAAUGCAAGAGCAGCAGUUUAUUGUACAGCUAUCAGAAUGGGAUCUAAAGAUGAUUGGUUAUUCCUAUGGCAACAGUAUAAAGAAACGAACUUUGCUUCGGAGCAAAGGAUCAUAAUCAAUUCUCUCGGCUGCUCCACAGACAAGCAGAUAUUGAUGGAUUACAUUCAUUUGGCACUAUCAUCUAAUUACACCUCUCCUAUCCGAAAACAUGAUGUCAGCGCUGUAUUUGCUUCCAUCUACAAUUCCGACAAAAUUGGAGUAGAUGUGAUGUUGGAUUUCCUAGUAGACAACUACACUCAACUGCAUGACUAUUACAACAAUUGGGAUGACGUUAAAGAAUUAAUUUCCAAAUUGACACCUCGUAUUUCAACCCCUGAACAAGUUAUGAAGCUGAACGAAUUGAGUACCAAAGAGGGUGACGUCUCUAGCAUAGCAGUCUCUGUCAAUCUCGCGGUCGAAGAUGCAAAGAAAAAUCUGCUCUGGUACGACAAGUAUUCGAGUAGGAUUACCAACUGGUUGAACCAAACGAUUCAUGACAUGAAUUCUAAAGGUACUGCGGCUAUUGCGAGUAGCUUAAGUAUAAUUUCCUUGACUGCAUUUUCGGUGAUUGUACACAUGUUCAUGCAAUAA